AGUGCACAGUACUUUGAGGCUAUUAAAGACUGCGUUAUGAAAGCUUCAUUUGAGCAACUGACAUAGCAAUGGAGUUGUUUUCCAGCCUAUGCAACCACUGAACUUAAGCGCGAAAUUGCCUGCUAGCUGAAAUUGUGUGGUCUUCGAGUCGCGCACCUACAAGUGCAGCGAGAGUGCGGCCCUUACCGCAGCGUGAAAAUUCAAACGGGAAACACGUAAUCAGCGUUGCUACUUUCGUACGAAGGAGUAUCCUUUCGCGUAAUGGAGACCAACACAGCACGAAAUCUAUACUACAUACAGGACCAGUGCUGGAGCAUACCUGUCGUUGCAGCUUGUGCCGCAUUUCUGAUAUCUGCAGUAGAUUCCAGCAGAGGAUACUUGUACGUACUCUACAUGGAUAAGUACGGCAUCGACCGCGCAACGGCGGCAUGGCCCGACAGCAUACUGGCCGUGACUCGGAACCUCUCAGGUUUCGCAGUAACCUUGCUGCAAAGCAGACUCUCGGUAUUCUCCAUGACCCUACUUUCGGUGGCCGUUUGCUCUGGUGGAAUGAUAGCAGGCGCUUUCGCUCCCAACAUAGUCUGGACAGCGGUGGCAGUCGGCGGAUUUUACGGUUUUGGAUUCGGCGCCAGUCUGGCAUGCUUCUCGGUGUACGCGCUGCUAUACUUCACCAAGUACCGAGCCACUGCGUCAUCAACUAAGUUUGCAGCCUGGUCCAUCUCCGGCCUCGUAUGUCCUUCUUUCAUAUCUUUCCUCGCCAACAACUACGGUCUCCAUGGGGCCCUCCUGCUGAGCGGCGCGUGUAUUCUCCAGGCCGCACCACUUAUUAUGCUUCUGAAACGUCCUCGCCCUCUAAAAUGUUGCUACAAGGCACCAAACGACGAGACGGAGCCCACCGGCACCCCAAAUACGAAAAUACUGCUCAACAAGAUCGGAACGCACGCGCCACCAAGGUCAUCGCCAUGUCCUCCAGAAGCCCCAGUGAACCGUCUGUCUGAUGUCGCAUGCAUGGGUAUGACGUUCAAAUCCGCUGCAAGGUUGUUCCGGACAGCUAACUUUUACGUCCUUACUGCCAUGUACGUAAUGUUCGACUGGUCUGACUCGGUGCUGAUUACAACGGCUGCAGACUACGGAAAAGACAAAGGCGCCACGCUCGAGAAAGCCAAAUUCGUUCUCACCGCCAUCGCCAUCGGUAAUCUCGUGGGCCGCACGGUGGUACCAUGCGCGGCGGACAGGAUUUCGUUCAGCCACGCACCCUUUGGUGUAGCUGCUUUGGCUGCAUCGUUCCUGUUUUUCCUGGUGACUUCCAUGGUCAAGUCCUUCGAAUACUUUGCCGUUUUCAGCGCAGUGCUCGGCGUGUUCCACGGCUACGUGAGCUGCAUUAAGCCCGUACUUUUCGCUGAAUACUUGGGCGUGCAGUAUGUACCUAUCAUGUUUGGAAUCACCGGCCUCUUUCUCGUUCCCGUGUCAUUAAGUGGCCCGACAAUUUUAGGAGCCUUCCGGGACACCCUCGGGUCGUACGACAACCUCUACCGCGUGCUGGGAGCAUUGAACCUCUUCGGCGCCAUGUUGCUGUUCCUUCUUGUUUUUCGAGACAGGGCUCGCCGUAGAACUUGGGAAGUGAACAAAGUGACUGCUACUACAUCGAAUCACGCUGCAGGACAUUAACUGUGCUGACUACGUUGAGUGAACUUACAUGGCGAUUAUUCACUUCAAGUCGCGCCUUGUUGAGUACACCAGUUGCGUGCAGUGGGAAGGUAUUUGAAUUUUGUACUUUGCGCCCUUCCCCGCUUCUCUGACGCAGGCUCGUCGCCAAAUGAAAUCCUUUCCCCGCAGUUUUCAGUGGUCAUUGGGUUUUGUUACAUAGCCUUUGUUGUACGCAUCAGAAUC